GGUCAGUCUAAGGCAAGAGCCGCCCUGCAACGCCGCGUUAGUCGCGGAAAGACAACCAAUGACACGACCCGGACCAAACCAGGCGCCGCUGUCAGUGCCCUCGGCGACUUCCCUGUGAUUGGGCACAUUUCUCGACUGCUUGGCGGGGUAAUCAGGGUCGACUCAUGCCACUCGCCCACCAGUGACCACGAGGAUCAGCUCAGGAUUGAUGCGGUAGCCAUCAGCCUCAUCCCCGCCCUCUCUCGUUGCGCGCGCCAUAGCAGCAUGCUCACUGAAGACCACUGUCGAUGACCGCUUCAGUUUGACCUGUCUCUUCCACUCUUCGUCUCCGUCACGCCGACCGUACGUUCCCUACAGCGGCCAUCAUGGCAGAUAACGCGACCUCGCCGAGACAAGAUGCUGCACGGCCGCAAUUGUCCAGCUCAAUGAGGAGCAGCUCCUACCUCAAUGAUCACCAGCAGUACCGCCCACCCCGUCAAGUAGACACGCAUUAUGGAAUAGACACUGUGGUCGAGGACAUGAGCACCUCUGCUUCGCCGAAACCCACCCUGCCUUUCCGUGGUAUUCCCUCAGAGGACAACCCGCCGACCGUGGUCGACUCUGGGGUGACACACUCGUAUUCGCAUCCCAACUGUGCACCUCCUUCCGGCACAAAUACCGAUCGUCUCAUUGCGACUCUCAUCUACAAGCAAAGAAGCAGCACAGCUGGUGCUGGGGGCUCGCGGUCGUCGCUCAAGGGCGUCAAGUCGGAGAGCAAUGAGUCGCUCCCGGCGAACAUGGCACCUACGACGGAUAUGGACGCCUUUCCACUCGAGCCUCCGACCCAGGAAAGCGAAAAGCUGGAUUACAUCUACGGCUCGUACAUUUCACCGCUGUGCAUCACCUCAUUCCUGCACUUGAUGUCGGAUUUCCCCAUGCCCGAUGAUUCAGAUGAGCUGCACUCGUCCCACCGCUGCUUGGAUAACCAGGAGACGCCUCGCGUUGUGGAGCUCACUCUCUCCCCGGCGCCAUCACCGAAAUAUUUAUCGCUGAAAGAUCUCCGGAAACAUGAGAUGAUCUAUCGUUUCGAGCAGGAGUGGAAUGUGGACGUCAACCUGCAGCGCGAGUCCGUGUGGAGGAGACACCCGAGGCUGGUGGUCUUUGACAUGGACAGCACGUUGAUCACGCAAGAGGUCAUUGAUCUUCUGGCCGCGACUGUCAAGGACCCUCCUGAUCUGGCAGAGAAGGUGGCCGAUAUCACCCACCGGGCCAUGUCCGGCGAGCUGGAGUUCGACGCGUCAUUCCGGGAGCGCGUGGCCCUCUUGACUGGGCUACCGGCAACCAUUUUCGAAGAUCUUCGAUCGGUCCUGAACGUCACGCCCGGCGUGCCGAAACUGAUCAAGGCUCUCAAGAGGCUGGGCGUCAAGACUGCCGUCUUGUCGGGCGGAUUCCUCCCGUUGACCAGCUGGCUCGCGAAAGAGCUCGGUAUUGACCAUGCCCAUGCCAAUGAGGUUGUCAUUGUCGAUGGCAAGCUCACUGGUGAAGUGCAAGGCACAGUUGUGGGUAAGGAGCGCAAGCGUGAUCUCCUCGUGCAGAUUGCCGAGCAGGAGGGCAUCGAUCUGUCCCAGGUGGUGGCUGUAGGCGACGGGGCCAACGACCUCUUUAUGCUGGACAAGGCCGGGCUAGGUGUAGCGUGGAAUGCCAAGCCGCGGGUGCAAAUGGAGGCCGAUGCGCGGUUGAAUGGCGAGAGCUUAGCAGACUUGCUGUAUCUGUUUGGGUUGACCGCCGAGGAGGUUGAGCAAUUGGCGCAAUGAGAGUAGGUGUCUGCGGGCGUUUUCUUUGGGAACCGAACCCCCAAGUCGGGAAGCUCUGCUGGGACAAAUCACCCGAGUCGGGAAGGUCAUGUUUUUGCAAACCAUGACUGGAGAUCAUGGGCUGCGGAGUAUGCACCUAUGGCACGUAGAGAGACGGCUUGAGCCUGUGUGGUCACCAUCUCAACGAGUCAUUCUUCCUCGCUCUGAAACCGACAAUAUUUGAUGUUACAAAUGGAAGAGUUCUCAGAAUUCGACGCCUGAUGCCCAAGCCUUACGAGUCUAGAAAACAAUGAUGUCUUGUCAAGCCCGCCACAAUUGCUCUGUCUA